UGUCACGCUGGAGGACGGUUAAGGGUAUUAUAUAAGAAUAUAAAUUGGUAGCAUCACAUUAAAAUCAAUUAACUCGUCCACGAUGAAUUGCCAGGUCAGAAAUGUUCUGAAAAACUGCUUUCGUCCCCCAUAUACUCGUUCAUGGGACCCAAGGGUUUUCAGUUACUCCCAAACAGCUGGAACGAGAUGUGGGCAGUGCAGUAUGUUGGCUUCUCUGCCGUCCAAUGUGAGAGGGAUUCGCACAACAAUUUCGCGGACACUGCAAUCUAAUUACCAUAUGCGAGUGAAGACGACUCGAACCCUUACCCAACAACCCACUCGCACGUUACGUACUGUCGGUGUUGCCAGAGGCACUAAUUGCUGUAGGGGCCCCUUUAAUAUACGAUAUAUGCAGUGUAGAGACUUACUAAGUAGACACAAAUUCCAGACUAAUUAUUUCAGGGUUUAUUGUUCAAAAGUUGGAAAUGUGAAAAAUUCUGUUAAGACGAGAAUUCCACCGACAUCAGAAAUAUGGAGACUGUUAUCUCUCGCCAAACCGGAAAAAUGGAGACUAGCAGCUGCCUUGGCAUUACUAAUGGUUUCCAGUGCAGUAACAAUGUCCGUGCCAUUUUGUAUCGGCAAGGUGAUAGAUAUUAUCUACACAGAAUUGGUAGAUCAGGGCGACAAGAUGAAGGAGAGACUACAACAAAUAUGUAGCAUUCUUGUUGUCAUCUUUAUAGUUGGGGGCCUUGCCAACUUUGGUCGAGUCUACUUAAUGAAUCUAACAGGCAACAACAUUGUGCGGCGUUUACGUUCGCAAUUGUUUUCAUCCAUCAUGAGGCAAGAAAUUGGAUUCUUUGACAAAAAUAAAACGGGUGAACUUAUCAACAGACUGUCGACAGAUUCAACUGUGGUGGGCAGCUCCGUGACAACAAACAUUUCUGAUGGCCUGCGGGCAGUGGCUCAAGCAAUUGGAGGAGUCAGCAUGAUGUGCUAUGUAUCGCCCAAACUGGCAGGUAUUGCCUUGUGUAUUGUACCACCGAUUGUGAUGAUGUCUCGUUUCUAUGGUCAAUAUAUGCGAAACAUAACCAAGAAGGUGCAGGACUCACUGGCCUCGGCAACACAGGUUGCUGAAGAGAGGAUAAGCAAUAUUAGGACAGUUCGAUCAUUUGCUCAGGAAAAACGAGAAGUGAAUGCUUAUGAUGAGAAGAUCGACCACAUUCUAAUGCUGUCAUACAAAGAAGCUCUGGCUCGAGGCAUUUUCUGGGGAUCGACAGGUUUCUCUGGGAAUAUGAUUGUGUUGGCUGUGUUCUAUUACGGGGGACUGAUGAUGACCGAGUCACAGAUCUCUGUGGGUGAUCUAUCCGCCUUCCUGCUGUAUGCUGCUUAUGUGGGUGUUUCUAUAGGAGGAAUGACAACCUUUUACUCCGAGAUGAUGCGAGGCCUUGGGGCUAGUUCUCGUCUGUGGUUCCUCAUUGACAGAGUACCAACCAUUCCUGUGUCGGGUGGAGUUAUACCUACCUCCGAAGUUGUGGGAAAACUGAGCUUCAACAACAUCAAUUUCAGUUAUCCAGCACGGUCAGAUGUGACAAUAUUCUCUGACUUGAAUCUGACGGUACCUGCUGGAUCAGUUACAGCGGUUGUAGGGGCCAGUGGGUCUGGCAAGUCAACCCUCGGCACUCUCCUACUCAGGUUCUAUGAUCCUGCACAUGGAAGCGUUGUGUUGGAUCAGGAAGACAUUCGUGACCUUGACCCUUUAUGGCUGAGGACACAAAUAGGCAGUGUGAGCCAGGAACCUAUUCUUUUCUCCUGCACUGUCGCAGAAAAUAUUGCCUACGGAGCUCCAGACCCGACAAAGGUCACCCAAGAGGCAAUUGAGGAGGCAGCUAGGAAAGCUAAUGCAUAUAACUUCAUACAGACAUUUCCAGAGGGGUUCAAUACCAUGGUUGGGGAGAGGGGUCUCAUGUUGUCAGGUGGACAGAGACAGCGUGUGGCAAUAGCUAGAGCAAUCCUUAAGAAUCCCAAGAUUCUCCUUCUAGAUGAAGCCACCAGUGCCCUGGAUGCAGAGAGUGAGUAUCUGGUACAAGAAGCCUUAGAGCGGGUCAUGGUUGGACGAACUGUUAUCACCAUAGCACAUCGUCUUUCAACCAUCAUGAAAGCAGAUCAGAUCGCUGUUUUGGACAAUGGAGGAAUAGCAGAAGUGGGCAGCUACCAACAGCUCAUGGGUCUCAACAAUGGAAUGUUCAGGAAACUGGUGGAGCGUCAGACCAUAACUUCUUGACGGAGGAGUGUAAAGUUGUAAUAAUGCCAUCGGAAGCUGAUGGAGUUGCCUUACGAUAACAAACUGACAGAAAUUUAGUGAUAUUGCUAAUAUUUGUAACCAGACAUUAUCAACUGCUCAGCCUUAAAGGAAUUUUCUUAAUUUACAAAACAAGAAAUAUUCACUGGCUCUGCCAGAGAAUUCUUUCAGGUACUAGUAGGCACUGUAUUGCAGAAUUUGUAAUUAGAGUCUUGAAAUCAAUGCUCCGCACAAGCGUAUGACUAUCUUUCCUCCUUAGUAUGAUUCCUCUUUAGUAAAACAGACUUAAGGAAAUGUGUUACUAGAUAUACUAUCAUACCUCAAAAUUCCUGUUGCCUAAGUUUAUAUUUCAAAUCUGCUUUCAUGUUAUCAACACCUUCAUUCUUGUGUAAUAUCAGUUAAUUAGAAGCUUGAUAACAUUAUUAACUGAUGUUGUUUUUGUGUUUGUGGAACUCUUCUGAUUGGAGGUGUACAUUACAUUCAGGUAGUAUAUAGUCUUAACUCCUACAUGCUUUUGGAGGGAAAAUUGAUCAGCAUAUACACAUUAGGUUAGUUAUCUCAGUACAUGAUACUGUGGAAAUAGUUUCACAUUAGGAUUGGUGGUGGGUAGAUAAUUUGUGGUCGCAAUAUUUAAGCUGAUUUCAUGUUACUUAGUUGAAAUGGUCCAGACAGCAUGGAAUUAUUCCUGAAAAAAGGAAUGCACCAGUACUGUAUGUGGGUGUAUGUUUUCCAUCUGAACCACUACUGAACAUCACAUAGCAGAAAAUUAUGUGUGCACUGAUUCUGUUUAUUCUGAGAACAAGUGAUAUUCAGUCAGUUAGUUUCAGACAGGGAUGACUUAUGCCCUCAAACUCAAAUUUUGUCAAAUAUUUUGUUGCUAGCUUGGUUCCAAUCACUACCUGGUGUUCUUCUCCAAGAUUCAGCAUGUCCAACAGCUUAUGACAAAACGGCCUUAGUUUAUGCACUUGAUUAAAAGAAUGCAAUACCCUUCACAUGUACAGUAGGUACUUGGACUAAACAGACUUUUAACGAGGUGAAACUUCAGCAUUUUACUCAAGAACCAUUUUGCAUUGUUCAUACGCUGCAUAUCACUUAUUUUCAUAAUUCUAAUUAAUUUUAUCACUUUGCCUAUGUUAUUUGGCAUUUGAUUUAGCACCUUAAAUAUUUGUCAGAGUUAGUCUUGCCAGAGGAUUAAGAUUUUGUUAUGAUGAAAAAGGACAAUUAUAGGGUUUAGAUAUAGGUAUAAAGCUAUUGUUUAAGAUGUAGAUGUGUUUUUUUGUUAGACCCCUUGGAUACUGAUGUAUGGAGAUAUAUGUGAUGCUGUGAUAAAAUAUCUCUGUAGGUAAAAAUAAUUUAAAUAAUCUAUCCAUAAUAUAUAUACUAUUUUUUUCAAAA